AUGCCCUAUACAGCCCCCGCAUCUCCCGUUCCCGACUUCACCUCCGCAAAACUGGUAGGCGCGUACCCAACACCCCCGCCGAGUCCCCUCCUGGACGAGUUGGCGCCUGGCCAUUCUCCAGAUCCCCAAGUAUUCGCCAGGACUCUCAAGCCGCCCCGGCGCACACCUUCCCUCCCCACCCUGCGUCCAACCUCCCCGUGCAGGGCAUUGCGCCGCGCACCAUCGGCGCCCUCUCUCCGCCUCACAUCAAAAGGUUUCCGCCUCACGACCCCGCCGGGCAUCCUUGCCGUUCUUGGCGGCGUGCGUGUUCUCCGUGUCGACACCGCAAGUGUCUUGGAUAGGAUGCCCUACUCUCCAUCCCAGGCGUUCACCACCUUUUCGGCGCGGGCAAGUAGCGCCACCGGGGCUGUUGACACGGAGCGCGUCGUUGCUCCAACGUCUGCCGACGCGAAGGGUGUCGACUCGGGUGUCCAGUCUGAGUCGGCCCUCGAUACAGCCGCAGUCACUCCGGUCAUUGCGCCCGCACAGGUUUCGGGAAAGACGGCCAAGCGCUCCGUACCGGCCCCGAUUCGCGUACAUCCCCCUACGCCCACUCGCGACCAGCUACCCCCAGAGACUCCGCCGCCCUUCGCAGUCACUCCCAUGGCCGAUCUCUCCGACUCGGCCGCGAGCUCUUCUCACACGUCUCCAUAUACAUCGCCUAAUGGGUCCUCUUCUUCUGUCCCCACCACUUCCUCGCUGGGCAUCACGAUACAUACCAGCGUUCUUCCAGAAGUUCGAUCUCCCCGUCGAGCGCCUGUCGAACCAAUUACUAGCAACAUCAACCGCCGGUCCCGUCGCCCACGCCUCUUCGGCUUCACUGGAAUUGAUCAUCCUACUGCGCAAGGUAGCCCGGUGACUUCCCCAGAAUCCGUGAACACUAUGGGUGCCAUUCCACGCCGCACCGUUCCGCAGCGGACCAAGAGCGAAACCUCUAUCUACACUCUUGGCCACGCCAGUGCGCACCAGAAGGAGCCAAAGGAGCCCCACGAGCCGAUUAUUCAUUCCAGACCUCGGCGCGACACUGGCCUCAGGCUCGACCUCAAGGGUAUUGUGGCAGAGCCCGUGCACCGCACGCCUGUUUCCGCAAGUGUCAUUCCUCAUCGGAUAGUGCGCAAGAAGAGUGGCGAGGCUGUCCGCUCUGCGCUGAAGCCGUCUGGUCCGCUUCAUCCCAAUGGCACGCCCAAGACGGACGAGAAAUCAAGAGCGAUGUGGGAGUCGAGAUCAUGCCCUACCACGCCCAGCUUCCGCAAGAAUGUCCACUUUGACAGCCAGCUUGAGCGGGUCAAGCUCUUCCUCCAGGACCAGAAGCCCCAGGUCGUAUCGCGCCAGGGAUCACCCGAUUACUCGGAUUUCGAAUCUCAGGAUGAGAGCGAGCCGGAGAAGGUUCUCGAGAUCAAGCUCCCUAACUUCCCAACCACGCACCCGUUGGAGGCGGACAUGUACCUCGAGUCGCUCUUCCUCAACGACAACCGGGACGGCCUGCGCGGUGUCAUUGUUGUGCGCAACUACUCGUUCCAGAAGUUGGUAGCUGUGCGCUUCACGUUCGACUGGUGGCACACCACCUCUGAGGUCUCGGCUUCGUACCAGGACAGCAUCCGCGGUGGCACCUUUGACCGUUUCACUUUCAACAUCAAGCUUGGCGACAUCCUCGAGAGGAUCGAGGAGAAGACACUCUUCCUCUGUGUGCGCUACAACUCGGACGGCAGAGAGCUUUGGGACUCUAACGGUGGCGAGAAUUACCAAAUCCUCUUCGAUCGCCUGAACAAGGUCGCGCCUAGAUCCGUCGCGAACCGUACCAGAAACAUGCCCAAGGGCAUGCGGAGAAGCCGUAAUGCGUGGAGCUCGACGUCGUCCAACCCUUGUGGUAUGGCCGACCUGCGGGCUAGACUCAAUCGUCUCACUGCCGAGGAAGAAGCCCUCACCGCCCCGAUUCCACGCUCCUCCAAGCCUCGCUUCUCGUCGCCCUCGCGCGGAUCGCCACACAUGUCUCCUCGUAAGCUUCGCCCGUCUGGGCCUGCGACGCCCGAUGCUGUCGAACUUCCUGCCAACCUGGGAACGCGCUACGACUUCGGCUCCGCCCUCAAGUCCAGCCACAAGCAGUCCCCGACCAUUCGCAGCCGCGAGCUCCAGCCUGACCGGCAUGGUUCUGGCGACUUUUACUAUCCGAUUCCUGCGUUCCUCCACGGUGCUGGCCCGUCCUCACCGCUGGCUGGCGGCGACUCGCCUUCCUCACCUGCUUCUCCUCUUCCUUUCAACGGUGUUGGAUCUCCUCUCGCCGGGCCUGGAACUACUCUUCCCGCGCUCGGUGGCGGCCACUCUUCGUCAACUUCAUCGCUGUCCUCGGUCAACAGCAUCAUUCCGACGCCUGCGGACUCACCAGCGUCUGUCCGCUCCAAGGUCGUCGUCGAGGCGCCUCAGGAGUCACCUUCCCCCUCGCCGUCGCCGCUGUCGACCGACUCUCCGAUGUCCCCUCUCGACGUUCUCCCGUGGAUGAAGUCUGGGGACGACGACUUGUCGCGGUCGUCUUACUCGACCUUCAUUGAGCAGUUUUGCUGGGGUGGCGCGUCGACCAAUUUGACGCUCGAGCCCUCGUCGAGCACUGCUGACAUCCGCCGCAUUCAUUCGACGUCCGCACUUGACUCGUUUGGCGCGGGCCCCGAUCUCACGCCCCGGUCGUACACUCCGACUGCGAGUCUUAGCCGCAGUACAAGUGCAACCGAGGUCUCGAGCAAUACUGCCACUCCUCUGUUCUCGUGCGCGUCGCCGCCCACGCGUGAGGACCUCGAGCGCGUCGACAGCGCCAUUCGUUCCCUUUCCAGCUCGCUCCAGAGCACACCCGUCGAGGGAUCGCCAGUCAUCGGGGCAGCCCCCAUGACUCGCAUUCCCAGCGGCAACACCGUGCUUGCGAUUUAA